GUCAUGGACAAAAGCGGGUUGCGUCGCAAGGACACGACCAAAGGCCCUCCACUGAGGGUCCUGUCAUUGGAUGGCGGCGGGGUCCGCGGAUAUUCGAUGCUCAUCAUCCUACAGGAACUCAUGUACCGCGUCUACGUUGAAUGUGAGGGCAAGGCGCCGCGGCGCGAAGAAAUCCCCAAACCAUGCGACUAUUUCGACCUGAUUGCUGGCACGGGCACGGGCGGUCUGAUUGCACUGAUGCUCGGGCGCCUGCGGCUCGACCUGGAGACAUGCAAGGAUGUGUAUGUGCGGAUGACGAAGAAGGUGUUUGAAACCGACAAGACGAUCGCGGGCAUCCCCUACCGGUCUACGCUGUUCAAGGCCUCGAAGCUGGAGGAGGCGAUCCGCGAGUGCGUGCGCGAGCACACCGUCUUCGAAGCCGAGGGGAACGACCUGCCCCGUGGCGGCUCGCGCAAUUCCAUGGCCGGCCCGCCCUUCAGCCCAUCCUCCGUGCCGCAGCGCUCCUUGAGUCGGGGCAGCGUGAGCACGAUGGGGGCCUCGAACCCUCCAUCAACCCCUCUCAGCCAGCGGGGGUCGACCUUUAUCAACGGUCUGCGAUGGGGGAAUCCAGAUGCGCUUCUUUACGAUAAUCGGGAAUACCGAACCAAGACAGCCGUCACAGCCUUGUAUAAAGGCACGACAAAACACGGGUCUGCCGUCCUCCUUCGAUCAUACGAUUCGAGAAAAGAGCCUCCGCCCGAAUUCAACUGCACCGUCUGGCAGGCUGGCCGGGCAACCUCGGCCACCGGACUGGCAUUCAAGCCGAUCCAGAUCGGCCAGCACGUCUUCAUCGAUGAGGGCGCCGGCACUUACAACCCAGCGCCGCAGGUGUUGGAUGAAGCGACCGUCAACGAGUGGCCCGGCCGCGAGAUCGGGGUGUUUGUCAGUAUUGGGACGGGUAAGCGCCCGUCGGGGACCAACAGCCGCCAACACGAGUGGUGGGAGGAUUUCUUUGGCGAUUCGCUGGGGACCUUUGCUGAAGCGCGGCGGCGCCUCAUUUCCAAAAUCGAAGGCUGCGAGGACAUCCACCUGGCCAUGCUGCGCAACCACCUGGGCAAGCGCAAUGUCUCCCAGGACAAUUACUUCCGUUGGAACGUCGAGGUCGGUGUCGGCGAGUUUGGCAUGAACGAGUGGAACCGGCUGGCCGACAUCAGCACCAAUACCCGGCGCUACCUAGCCAAACCCGAGGUCAAGAAGUCCAUCCUCGAGGCCGGCGUGCGGUUUGCAAGGAUCGAGCGCAUGCACCGCCGCCUGGCGGCGCGGGCGGCAGCUGCCAACGAGGACGGCGAUAUUGAUGGUGACGACAGCCUACCAACAGAUUCUUCUGCACCUGUCGUUUCCGCGUCCUCCGCUCCUACCGCUCGUCCUUCGAACGAGUUCGCCAUCGAACUCCCCGCCGAGGUCCCCUCGGAAUACCUUCAUCGGACGACGAACUCCGCCGCCCGCCCACCCUCUCGCGAUACUCUUCCACACCACCCUACACCUCAAGAACGGCUUCACGUCCCCCCCGCUCGACGGUCCGCCGGUGAGGUCGUGACUCACCACAGUCCAGCAUCGCACGGGUCCCCGCCCCGACGUAGCGCCGACAACGUCUACGAACCCAUGCUGCCGCCGCCCGUGCCUCCCAAGACUCCGAUCCCGUAUCCCACCUCCCAGCCGAGCGAGCUGGCGGCGGAGAUCAGCACCCCUUCUCUCCCCCAUCAUCUCGCGAUGCCUGUGCCACCGGGCGCUGCCUUUGCACCCUCGGGCGGCGCGCAGCCUCUUGCAGGGAAAAUUCGGCCGCCGUACCCUGACGACGAGCCUCCGGUGGUGAACAAGCACCGCAAGCCGAGUUAUCAUAAUGAAUGGCAGCUGGUCUGUCUAUACAGUGUGCAUAUUUAUAGACUGCCCUGCGUGGGCGGUGCAGAUUGCGCAGUGCACGAUCUCACGAUAUUCUUGACCCCAGCAUCCUUGCGCCUCCUCCAAGGACAACGCUUUCUCCUAUUCCAUCAUUUCUUGGACUUGAUUCUAAUUCUUCUUGUUUUUAUCCUGCAGAUUCACAACAGAUUCUCUGUCUUACACGGACUCACUCAAGUCUUGUCUUCAGACGUCUCAAACGUCUCAAACGUCCACAUUCCAAUCCCACGAGCUGCCUCCGACCGAUUAACCCGCCUUGCUUCACUGACACUGCCACUGAAGCGGUUGGGCUUCAUGGACCUCACCGGGGCUCUCGUGUCGCAUGCGGCCGAUAUUGUCGCCCGGUCGGACAGCUCGAGUUCCGAGCGGUCGGCGACGUACAAGGUGGUUGGGAUCACGCUGGCGGCGUCGUCGGGCCUGUUCAUCGGCGUCUCGUUUGUGCUGAAGAAGGUCGGCCUACUCAAGGCCAAUGCCAAGUACAACGAGGAGGCCGGCGAAGGCUACGGAUACCUCAAGAACGUCUGGUGGUGGUCGGGGAUGACGCUGAUGAUCCUGGGGGAAAUCUGCAACUUUGUCGCGUACGCCUUUGUCGACGCCAUCCUGGUCACCCCUCUAGGCGCCCUGUCGGUCGUCAUUACUACCAUCCUGUCGGCCAUCUUCCUCAAGGAGCGCCUGAGCUUCGUCGGCAAGGUCGGCUGUUUCAGCUGCAUCCUGGGCUCCGUCGUCAUCGCCCUCAACGCACCCCAGCAGUCCUCCGUCUCCGACAUCCAGGAAAUGAAGAGCUAUGUCAUCGCGCCGGGGUUUCUCUCCUAUGCCGGCGUCAUCAUCGUGGGCGCCAUCUUCACCGCGCUCUGGGUCGCCCCCCGCUACGGCAAGAAGAGUAUGUUCGUCUAUCUCAGCAUCUGCAGCAUGGUCGGUGGCCUCAGCGUCGUUGCCACGCAGGGCUUGGGCUCCGCCAUCCUCGCCCAGAUCAACGGAGAGGCCCAGUUCAACCAGUGGUUCAUGUAUGUCCUGCUGGUUUUUGUCAUCUGCACUUUACUGACAGAAAUCAUCUAUCUGAAUAAAGCGUUGAACCUUUUCAAUGCCGCCCUGGUAACACCAACGUACUACGUCUUCUUCACCAGCGCCACGAUCAUCACCUCUGCCAUCCUGUUCCGCGGCUUCAAGGGGACCGCGAUCGAGAUCACGACGGUCAUCCUGGGCUUCUUCCAGAUCUGCUCCGGGGUCGUGCUGCUGCAGCUGUCGAAAUCUGCCAAGGAUAUCCCCGACGCGGCGGUCUUCAAGGGCGAUCUGGACCAGAUCCGCGAGGUGGCCGCGGUGGAGGACCCGGAGUCGGAGCCCAAGGCAGACUCCAUCCGAGGCACGGCAGCUAUCAUCCGGCGGAUUUCCACCGCCCGACGGAAGAUGGAGGUCGAAGAGGCUCGGCGGUAUUUCCGGGAACGACAGGAAGACCAGCUUAACCCGCCCAGCGAGAACGAGAUCAUCGAGUGGGACGGGCUGCGGCGCCGCAAGACGGUGAUCGGCGAAGGCCCGACCAUGUCCAGGCCACGCACGCCUCGAACGCCGGGUUCGGUCAAGAGUUACCGCCCACCUCUAGGCAUGUCUCGUUUCCCCGAGGAAGAGGAGGUAGAAGAAGGAGAGGUAAACAACGGCGGCGACACCAGCAAGGUCAUGAGCCGGCCAAGCACAAAGCAGGGCGGGCAUUCGUUCUUCCAAGAUCUGCGCUCCCGUGCAUCAACCAUGCUGCAUUCCCACCAUAGCCAGCCUGCACAGUGGCACUCCCUGGAGGACCAACAGCACCUCGACGACGACGAGAAUGGAGUCCACCCUGUAGCCAUGACCAACAUCUCAGUGGACACCAGCUAUCACGGCCACGAGAUGGCGGGUCGCCUGCAGCCGCCGUUCCAGCUCGUCACGGGCCGGCAGCGCAGUGACACGCCGCGAUCGAUAUCCUGGGCAGACGAGGUCCAGGGAGAACAGUCGCCCAGCCAGAACAGCCACCUGGCGCCCGACCCGCCCCCGCACGGCGGCGCGCGCCGGCAGUUCUCGUUCAAUACCGUCUUCAACCGCACCAAGGCUACCGCCAGCAGCGCUGGAGCUGCCGGCAGCCCAUCUCGGGGUAUUCUCCGGCGGUCACAUCGGAACAGCACGGCGGACCAGCGCCAGGCGGUGCGGAACGCAACGGAGGAAGAGAGGCUAGGUCUCGUCAAGGGGGAUUCGCGGGCCACGGACCGAGACGACGAUCUGAUGGACGAGAAGCUGGAGCGGAGGUGGUCAUCUUCUUCUUCCAAUAGCUCCAGCGCAUUGCGCUCCAUCACGUCUGCGUCUCCCCCUCGCUAUCCGAACCCGCUACCUCCUCUCCCAUUUGAAGAAGGUGGCUUGGAUGGUUCGUAUACCCCGCCUCCAGCAGGUACACCAGGUAGCGGGCCAGGGAAGGGCGCAUUCUUAUAG